CGCGCACACAGGAGCCGUUGUGUCGAUCACUCCCGCAGAGGCGAUGCCCUUUUGUGGAGAGUUCUCUUGUCACACAGAGGACAGACAGUCACAUUCGGGACAGCUGGAUACGAAGGGAAUAACUGCAUUUUUAAAGGCUUAAUUCUCUCCCCGCCGCCGCUGGGUGUUUACUGUGGGUGUUUCCAGAGGAUCUCUGUUGCCCGAGGAAGAGUGGAGAGGAAGAAUACGCGCCGUGAUCGGGCUGCGGGAAAUCUUUAUGGACGUGGUUAUAACAGUGCAGCUGAUGCUGUCAUCCGUUCCACCUAUGUUUUCCUUCCCGGAGUCUUGUUUUGCAUGAGGAGCUGAACUUUUUACGCGUGGUUUUACGCACUAGUUGUAUGAGGCACUGUCACAAUGAACUUUAUCUGCCCCGGUAUCUGUGGCGUAGAAGUUUGAACCCGAUCAUUACCUAAAAGAAGAAAUCAUUUUGUGGAUAUCUGCCGAGAGCAUGCCAGUUGAUACAUUCGCAAACAUGGAGGAAAAACUGUGGAUAUUGGAGGAUCUCAACAUGAUGUACAUUCGUCAGAUUGCACUCAGUUUACAGGACAGUGACAUCCAGAAGAAGAUCGACCAUGAGAUCCGUAUGCGUGACGGAGCCUGCAAGUUGCUGGCCGCCUGCUCCCAGAAAGACCAGACGUUGGAGGCGGCAAAGAGCUUGCAGACCUGCAGCACACGUAUUAUGGCCUAUAUGUCAGAGCUGCAGAGGAUGAAAGAGGCUCAGGUCAUGCAGAAGGUCACGCGGAGGUCAUCAGACGCAGGGCCGAUGGAAGAUAGACUCCCGUGCAAAGGAAAAGUGGCCAUCUCAGAUCUUCGUAUCCCUCUCAUGUGGAAAGACACAGAGUACUUCAAGAACAAAGGAGAGCUCCAUCGGUGUGCAGUGUUCUGUCUGCUGCAGCUGGGAGGAGAGAUCUUUGACACGGACAUGGUGAUAGUGGACCGCACGCUCACUGAUAUUUGCUUUGACAACACCAUCGUUUUUAAUGAGGCCAGCCCGGGUUUUGAACUGCGUGUUGAGCUGUAUAGCUGCUGCUCAGAAGAUGACUACUCAGCAGGCAGCACGCCAAGGAAACUAGCCAGUAAACUGAGCUCUUCACUAGGGCGAUCAGCCGGGAAGAAGCUCCGGGCAGCCAUGGAGCCUGGGCCAUGUAGUCCUGUUAGCAACGGAGGGGCGGGUCCUCUUCUGCUGCCGGUUCCCUCUGUGCCUGGCCCAAAGUACCACCUCUUAGCUCAUACCAGCCUGUCACUGUUGCACGUCCAGGACAGCUUUCGCACACACGACCUCACCAUCUCAGGCAACGAGGAGUGUUCGUACUGGCUGCCGCUCUACGGCAGUAUGUGUUGCCGCCUCGCUGCUCAGCCUCACUGUAUGACCCAACAGAUGAUGAAUGGAUGUUUGAAAGUCAAGCAAUUGGGAGGUGACCCUCAGAGUUGGAAAAAAGUGUAUGCCGUUGUAAAAGGAACAAGCCUUUUCUGCUACCACCAGCAAGAGGAUGUGGAGGCCAACGUUGAGCCAGCGUUCACUAUUGCCGUCAACAAGGAGACCAGAAUACGUGCGUCUGAGAAAGACCCUCACAGUAAAGUUCAGAAUAUCUGUAUCAGUAAUCAGUACGGAGGUGAGGAGGUCACACACAGCCUGACAACAGAUAGCCGCGAGGACACACACCGCUGGAUGGAGGCCUUUUGGCAACAUUUCUACGACAUGAGCCAAUGGAAACAGUGCUGUGAUGACGUAAUGAAAAUUGAAAUGCCAUCACCAAGGAAACCAGCUCCUGUCACACCAAAACAGGGCUCACUCUAUCACGAAAUGGUUAUUGAGUCAUCCAACGACCUCAGCACCACGGUGUCAGACAUCCUGGCUCGGAGAAUGCAGGAGCUGGAGCUCCGCAGCCACUUGGGAACGUCCCCCACCUGGAUGUCUGUGUUUGAGGAGAACAGUCCCAAAAGCACUGUCCGCCCCCGUCCCUGUACCUCUCGCCUCUCCGGCCACAGCCCCUGCAUCCCUCAUCGACCGCCCCGGAGCCCUCUGAGCCCUCACCGCUGCCCACAGCUGAGUCUGCUGUCCUCCGAUGCAAGCCUGACCUCGGACAGCGACAGCCACUGCAGCACCAGCCCCUGCUUCCACCGCCAUGGCUGGCCCGAGCCUUCUUCGAACUUCCCUCUCGGGUCAUCUUCACCCUGCCGCCUGAGGCCACGCACUCUGUCGCUGGAUGCUAAGCUCAGCACCCUUCGAGGGAGGGUGUACGGAGGAGGAGGCACCUUGCAGUGCCCCUGCCAGCCACCUCCCUCCUCGCUGCUCACCCCGUUCCCCAUCUCCUCCUGUUCGCCUCGGUCACAGCGCAGCACGCAGACCACGCUCUCUUGCUCCAGCUCCACUUCCAGCAACAGCUCCAGCAACAGUGAGGGCAGCCACAGCCUUGAGUCGUCUGAGGGAGCCCCCUUCUCCAGGCCCUCCCCGGCCCGGCGCAGCCUCAGGAACCUCAAAGCCAGACUUGAUCCUCGCAACUGGCUCCAAAGUCAGGUGUGAACUUGUUCCGCUCUGGCAGACAUUUUACACUAUUCUAAAGGCAAGAGUUAGAAGUUGAAAGCAUGUUUUAACUGGCCUAACAUCGAUGUGAACAGUAGGGCAGUCAGCUAGGCCACAUGUACAGCCCUGAGGAGGACGAGCUUCCUUUACUGCAUCCUGGUGGAGGAUGGAUCAUGAAUAAUCCUCCAUGGGCAAACUGGCAUGUCUUCUAAAACAAAGGACAGGUGACAAUCACUGCAGGUGACUGCGUUUUGCUGGUUCGCCACAAUUUUUAAGGUGAUCCAAUAGUAAAUGGGAGGUACUUUGCUUGCUUACAGAUGUGAUUAUGGUCAUGCUGCUUGGGAGAAAGUGAUGCUAAGAGCUAAGGAUCUGCUCUAAUCAUCAGGCCUCACGGGGCCUUCUGUCUGUCCCUGGACUCUAACUCUGGAACUGGUUUUGUUAUUUGUUACCUUAUGAGCAAUCCAAAUAAGGUUUCAAAAUCAUCUCUAUUAAUGCACUAGCAGCAUUAGGAAUAGUUGUUUUCUAUUUGUAUUGUAUAGAGUUUGCAGUGGUUAUGCUAUGAAAGCCGGUGAGCAUGUGGGAAGAAGAACAUGUGGCAUAAUCCAUCAUAAUUUUUCAAAUGUUAAAAACUGUAAAGUGUGAAGGUUAAGGUGGGAGCUUGUAUUGUCUACUGUGUCUACUUUAGUGUAUGCAUCUAAAUAUCCAUACAACAGAUGAUUUUUGUGGUUCUCUUUAAAUUACUAUGCACCAUUUUGUUUGUUUUUGCACAUGAUUCGACUUAAAGUUCAAAUGUUUAACGGCUUGAGAUCAUUUCGAGAUCAGAUCGCCAUGAAUCUGGCAAAAGCUUAACUGGUUAUUACUGUGAUCUCUGAUGGGUAAAAUUCUGCCCGCUGGUCUGAACUGUCACACAUACUUCCCACUACUGACGUCGUCAGUGGGGAAUAGAUCCCUCAUGCACAGAACAAACACUAGAAUAAGCUGAAAUGUUUUGUUGAAAAGCCUUUCCUAUGAUUCUGCGACGCUGCAGCAUUGUGGAUUCUAUUAAGAUUCUCAGUUGCGGAUUUUGGAAUUUCUAAUCGAUGGUGUAACAUCCACCAAAGAAAUAUUAUGCAACACAGAGACAUUUAUUUGAGAAUAUUUUGCGGUGGCCUAGAAUACCACGGCAACUUUCUAUGAAGCAGAGUACUUGCAUGAAACCCCAGUCAAAUUAUAGGUCAAGAUAGUAAAAGCAAGAAUAAACUAGUGUAUUUACACUGCCAUAUAUUUAUAUUUAGUACUGCAGGGGGUUUUAUCACAAGAAAACUAUCGUCCAACUCAAAUAUUGUGGUAGAGUCUUGGUCUGAGUACUCGGUCUGCAUUGUUUACUGUGGAUAUUACUUUGGUUACAUCCUUAAAACUGUUGAAAGUGUUACUGUAAAUUCAGUUUUAACAAAUACACCUGUCUUCUGUUACAUUCUUGAUUUAUUAUACACGCAGCUAUAUUGACACAUGAUUACGUUAACAGAUGAUGUGCAGAUUUGUUACAUAUAAAUAACAUUGAAUGUUAUCUUUCUCAUGUUAGUAGGCUUUUUGUUCUGCAUGUGUCUGCACGUCAUAAAAGGCGAACAUAAAAUGAGAGAUUUUAAAUAAUAUAAAUAUUAAUUUUAAUAAAUGUUUUAUCAAUUUA